CAUUCUUUCGCUAGUUUUGUGUAUUGAUCUGAUUCUAGGCACAUAAAACGCCCUUUUUUACUUUCUAACCAAAAUGAGUAAUACUGGUGAACAGUUAACAUUAGCAAGGGAUAUUAAAAGGGCAAUAGAACUGUUAGAAAAAUUGCAACAGAGUGGGGAAGUGCCCGCUACGAAACUAGCUGCGUUACAAAAAGUUCUUCAAAGUGACUUCUUAAAUGCUGUGAGAGAAGUUUAUGAACAUGUAUACGAGACUGUGGAUAUUCAGGGAUCUGCGGAUAUCCGUGCCUCGGCCACAGCCAAGGCUACCGUCGCAGCAUUCGCAGCCGCUGAAGGUCAUGCCCAUCCUCGCGUAGUUGAACUUCCUAAGACCGAAGAGGGCCUCGGUUUCAAUGUUAUGGGUGGAAAAGAGCAAAAUUCUCCAAUUUACAUUUCGAGAAUCAUUCCCGGCGGUGUUGCUGACCGUCACGGAGGAUUAAAAAGGGGUGAUCAAUUACUAUCUGUGAAUGGUGUAUCUGUGGAAGGAGAGAACCAUGAAAAAGCUGUAGAAUUACUCAAACAAGCUGUGGGAUCAGUUAAACUGGUUGUUCGCUACACACCAAAGGUAUUGGAAGAAAUGGAAAUGAGAUUUGACAAGCAGAGAACGGCUAGACGACGAACGAAUUACAAUUAAAUUAAGCUAACAGAAAUAGUGUUCAAUAUUGUUAUGAAUUUAUGAUUAGAUUAUUAGUGUUUCUUUAUGUUGAGGUUACAUUUAAAUCAUAAUAGAGGCUUAUUCCAUUAUUUUGAAUUCUAGAACCACUGUCUAUGGUCAAUAUUAUAACUUUAAUGUUAUAAAUAAUUCAAUACUCAUGAAGUACCUUCGUAAAUUAUUUAAUCAAGUCCUCAACUAAGAUUUAAUGAUUGCCUUAUUUCAACACUACCUGUAUGUUGAUGUUUCAUUAAUUGGUAUCUUUAAGGCACAAUUAGACUAUUUACUUACAGUAUUAGAGCAUUUUUGAAAUAUUCCAAUUCAUAUAAAUUAGGUAAUUCACAUUUACUUUCAUAGUUUAUCUAUUGACAUUUAGUUAUAAGCAUAUUAAAAAAUAAUUAUUGUAUUGUUAUAUAUGUUGGAAAUUAUCACAAAUGUAUAAGGUAUUAGGGAAACUUAUGUUAUAAUUAAACACUUAAAAGAUU